AUGAGCACGCGGGGCGGGGCGGCGCCGAGUGGCAGGUGAGCCUCGGCGUCCACUCGGCAGAGCGCCUGGGAGGAGCCGCCUGUAGGCAGCAGCAGAGCUGAGGAUGCGCGCGUCAAAUCCAAGCUGCUUUUAAUGCGAGCGAGCAGUCCGGCUCCGAGCGUCAUGGCGACCGCAGCGUCCAACCACUACAGCAUCCUCACUUCCAGCUCAUCCAUCGUGCACUCGGAGCCCGGCAGCAUGCAGCAAGCCGCGGCGUACCGGGACGCGCAGAGCCUGUUGCAGAGCGACUAUCAGCUGCAGAGCAACAGCCACGCGCUGAGCCACGCUCACCAGUGGAUCGCCGCGCUGUCCCACGGCGAGGGGGCCCCGUGGUCGACGGAGCAGGACAUUAAACCGGCCGUGCAGAGCGCCCGGGAUGACAUGCACAACUCCAGCAGUAACCUGCAGCAGCAGCAGCACCAGUCGCGGCCGCCGCCGUCCCACCUGCAGGUGCACCAGACCGCGCACGGAGGGAGCCACCACGACGCGCGGGCGUGGAGGACCACCACGGCGGCGCACAUCCCCAGCAUGGCGACCACCAAUGGCCAGGCCUUGAUCUAUUCCCAGCCGAGCUUCGGCGUCAACGGCUUGAUCCCGGGGCCGGGCGGCGGCCAGGGGAUGCACCACCACAACCUGAGGGACCCUCACGAGGACCACCACAGCCCGCACCUGAGCGAGCACAGCCAUCCGACAUCCCAGCAGCAUCAGCACCAGCACGGCCCCAACCACCACGACCACUCGGACGAGGACACGCCGACCUCGGACGACUUGGAGCAGUUCGCCAAACAGUUCAAGCAGAGGAGGAUCAAGCUGGGCUUCACGCAGGCGGACGUGGGGCUCGCCCUCGGGACCUUGUACGGGAAUGUCUUCUCCCAGACCACCAUUUGCAGGUUUGAGGCCUUGCAGCUCAGCUUUAAAAACAUGUGCAAGCUCAAGCCUCUGUUGAACAAAUGGCUGGAGGAGGCGGACUCCACCUCGGGCAGCCCGACCAGCCUGGACAAAAUCGCCGCGCAGGGGAGAAAAAGAAAAAAACGGACUUCCAUCGAAGUCAGCGUCAAAGGGGCUUUGGAGAGCCAUUUUUUGAAGUGCCCCAAACCCGCGGCGUCGGAAAUUAUCUCACUAGCGGACAGCCUGCACUUGGAGAAAGAAGUAGUCAGGGUUUGGUUUUGUAACAGGAGACAGAAGGAGAAACGGAUGACACCUCCCGGAGGAGCCCUGGCGGGGAGCGAGGACGUGUACGGGGACACGCCGCCCCACCACGGGGUCCAGACCCCGGUUCAAUGA